AUGAACAGGGCCUUUGCCACUAACCCUUUCCAGCCGGCGCCCCUAUCCAUCACCGCCAACUCGACGACGGCCCCCGCCAGAGCCAGCGCGAGGGCCACGGCGACCACCACCAACGGCGGUGCGGGCGAGGGCCCGUGCAGCAGGGGAAGCAGCAGCGGCCGCCAGUGGAGUUCGGCCUACGGUGAUGGCCACCGCGAGUCCAGCGGACUGCACCUGCACCUCCACUGUUCAGCUGCAGACCCGUCCGCUUCCAACGGCUGGAACGCAACGUCGCCCACACCCGCAUCCGCCUCCACCUCCACACUCGCCGCCGCCUCCACCGCGAAAGGACUCUGCGAGCAAUCGUUGAAGCCACCGCCGACGCCGCCAGCAUUCUACGACUCCCUGCCGGCCGCCCACCACCUCGCAACAGCAGACGCACGCGCUGCAUCGGCAUCGGCAUCGGCAUCAGCACCGGCACCCACCGCGCUCGUCGCCGCUGCUUCCCUCGGAGGAGGUCAUCUACGGCACCAUCGUCCUCGCUGCCGUGCCGAGCUCGACCCUUCCACAACUCCUCGACAACCACUUUCACCGCCCUCCACGUCGCCCUCCCCCCUGGAUGCGUCCGAGAGCACGCGACUCUCGCCUCGCCCCCCGCAAACCUACGAUCCAAGCGGUCCGCCGCAGAGGCUCGCCGCCGCGGUCACCACCGAGACCCUCCACCUGCGGACCGGCUGCGGCCCAAACGGCGAGGCUCCUCGGCGGCAGCGCCGUGCUUUCCCAUCCCCCUUCCGGAGCCGUGCUGGAUGCCCGGCCGCGUACUCUACCCAGCCGCCUCGACCGCCCUCCGCGCGACUCUGGAACCCGACGAACUCGACACCUCGCGGCACGCGUCAGCGGAGACGACGCAGCUCAUCGCCGCCCGCACCGCCCGUUCCCUUGCGAAAUCCCGCCUUUGAUAGAUUGGCCGACGGAGACGAUCACGCUGCAGUCGGGGAAGGCGAUCAUCCCCUUCUCGGGCAGCCCCAACGGUGGCAAUCGAAACGCGCACCGGCGACGUGUGCCAGCCUGCCGAUCGACCAGACCAGCCGCCAAGGCCGGCGAAUAAGCCUGCCCGGGUCCGUUCACGCCUCGUGUGACGGCAGAAGAUCACAGAUCCCGACGACCGGCGAUCCGGGAAGCGAAUUCGAGCCCCUUCACGACGGGGCAUCGCAGCCAAUCAUCACGGCCGCACCGCUGCCCGAAGGCGGCAGGGGCGACGCGGGGGCCAAGAUGGCACCUGACGAGGAAGCGGCAGGGACCUACGGUUCAAAGGACCUCGAGAGGGGGCCGGACGUGAUGCAGCCACGUCUGUCGAACGUGUCUGUCGGGGACGCCAUCGGCUCCGCCUUGUCGUCGACAGACUCGUCCAUCAUGGGAGAGGAGAUGCAGGCCGACAACGGCGAAGAAUGGGGCCCCCAACACGCUUGCUUCCCUCACCUGAACCCGCACGUUCCGACGGACUCGGCCGAGUACGCGUCCACGCGCGUCAUUCGCAUUCGCCGUGACUGGCUCCUCAAAGGGGACCUGGCGCCGACGUUCUCGAACCUCUAUCCCGAAAUCCUGGAUCCGGCCGGCGUGUCGGAACAAGAGUUUCGACGAAUCAUCGACAAGCUCAACGGAGAAUUGGUUUCGAUAUUCAACCCCUACAGCGUCCGCAACGUGCUGGACUGCCUGCUCGGCCUUGCCACCGGCUGGCUGUGGGAGGACCUCGGGCUGACGGCCAUCAAAUCUCGCCUCAACCAUCUGGAGAAGUGGAUCGAGAGCUGGAACCUGGACAUGGCCAAGGCCUUUCCCGCGGAAGAGAGUGCCCUUCCGCCCAAGAUCAUCCCGCUCCGGCAGACGGGAUACUUGACGCUCGACAUUCAAAUACCGGACCCGGAAAUCGGUCCGGCACACCCGAGUGCAGGCUUGGGCGAGCCGAGGUUGCCGCCGAUGGAACCGGCGCCGGCCCUUGCCCUCUGA